AUGUCUAAAUACUUUAUUGAAUUUAAAAACAAGACCGGAUUAAGUCAAUAUUUGACAUUCUGUGUCUAUCAACAGAUGAAUGAAGCCGAUUAUAUAGACAGUGUGGCCUGGCUCGUUUCUACUAUACCUAGUGGUUCAACAUCUAAUGUUUCUUGGAGACUUGGUGGAUAUAUGGUCUAUUUAGCCGAGUAUCAAUUAACUGGAGAAAUUGGCAUUUAUCAUAACAAGCAAGGUGCCGGAGCAGACAUUGGAUCAGCUUGGAAUAUUAUUAAUUAUGAUGGCAAAGAUUCAGAAACACAAACACUCAUGCCAUUAUCAAAUGGAGAUAUAGUUGAACCAGACGCAAUAAAAAUAACCAAUAACUCAACUUCACCAGCGAAUUGUGGAGUAGGAAUGUGGGGUGUUGCAACAGCUUUUGAACGAAAUUUACAACGCAAUUCCACAGCAGUGUUUAGACUUAAGCCACAAUAUUGGGUUGGGGUUUAUGAUACAGGAAUGCAUAGAGGUCAAGUUAUUGAAGACAAUGCCCUAGCUUCAAAACCACUUUCAUUUCCAUCAGACAAAAAUUUAGCGAUUGUUACUGCUAUAACCGAAAAUGGAAAACUCUCUCUUACAAUUGAAUUUGGAGAGAGAUCAUCAAAUUCAUUUUUUAGAUCUCUUCAGGAUUUCU